AUGGACAACAUGGCAAAAGCGGACGCAGUUCACUCGUACCUCUGUCCACAGGAAAACACCGUGAUCAUCCAGCCUGAAGAUGAUAUCACGCAUGUCGGGACGGCAAGCUCGGGGACGAAGACUAUGAAGCCUGCGCGGGGGGUUGUGUUGGCGGUUGGCACGACCAAGGCGCUGGGGAACGGGGGGAGGCAUGCGAUGGAUGUCCGGCUGGGGGAUUUGGUUAUCUAUACCAAGGGAAAGGGGAAACAGGUGAGGGUUGAUAAUGAUGAGUAUUUGCUUCUUGAUCGAGACGAGAUUCUGGCUGUUGCCGAUUGA